CGGCAACAUACAGCAAGACCAUGCAACACAGUAGCUUUAGGUGCAAGUGGAGACCGCCAAGAUUUAGCUUCCAUUGUGGAGGACUCUAUUUCAUCAUGUUCUAGCAGCGACGCGACCACUUCUCACUAGCAUAGAUCUUGUCCCCACCUCCAUUUUCGAAAUUUUUUUCUGACAAAAGCACUGUACAUACUUACGCGCGACACUGUCUUCAAUAAACCAGUUUGUUUUCCACGCCACGCGACAAGAUGUCGACUCCCUCUCGGCGCUGACUAUCUCUACACAUGAUUUUAGACGCAAUUCGUCCCCACAGGCAGACGUACAGUACAACAAUCUUCACAAUGUCUUUCUACAACUUUGAUGACGCGCCGAACUUCGGUGCGGCUGUGCCUCCAGCCGCCUCCUCGAAGGAUGCUGAGAUGGGAUCGGAGUCCGAAUCAAACGAGGAAAUCCAGCUGAGCAACAAUGCUGAGCAGAAGAAAGUUUUUCCCUAUGAAGGAACCUUCGACAAGGAGGAGCAAUGGCGGAAUGUUGGACCGGGCGUGUUCAACGACGACAGUGACGAGGAGGACGACAGCGACGAUGAUAGCGAAGAGGAGAGCAGCGACUUUGACAUGCUCGACGGCGGUGGGGCGGCAGGUUUCUUAUCCUCGGGAACGGUAGCGGGGGCCCUGUGGGAAGGCGGGCGCGGGAGUUUGAAGGAGGUCCAACUGAAUUUCCUCUCGCAGCCGCCGGAGAUCAGGCACGAAGCACAAAAGCUCGAGGUAGCGCUGCAAACUGUGGAGGGCGUGGCGAAAGACAAUAUCUUCACAGUCGCAGUCACGGAAACAAAGCCGCCGGGGACGGAAGAGACGAGAGCAGGAACUGCGGCACGGCGAGAGUUCACGGAGAAGAUGAAUUUAGUGAAGGAACUCCUAAACGGGAACGCCUGUCGCGUGUUGCUGGAGAGGCUGCGUCAGGAUCCGGGACGACGACACCAAACUGCGGUCCGCACGGCUAUGCGCGUCUACCACGAGAAUUGCGCUGUCUCGGAAGCGGAGUGGCUGUUGUUUCUGAGUGAGGAGGCGGCUGCCGUCGUUUCCGCGCCCGAUUCGCAGCAAGAAGCCGGCCGUCAGCAUUUGGAGGCUUUGUUUCGGGAGGCCCUCAGCGCCGGUCUCGGUUUCUCCGCGUCCCUCUGGACGCGUUUCGCGACCACGACGGCUCAGUUGCACGACGACCCGGCUGAAGCGCUGAAACACAGCCACCGGUGUUUCGAAAACGGGCUGGCAGUCGUCGCUCUGGACCCGGACCGGUCGGUCCAAUUGUUCCACGCGUAUCGCGCGGACCCCGCGUGCACGCCCGCAAAGCGGGAAGCGUUGUGGCACCGGCAACUGCAAAUACCGAGCCCCUACCUGGAGCAGUUGGCCGCCCAGUACAAAGCCACGGGAGCCGCUUUCUCACAGUCGGAACAGGAGAAGCUCGAUAAGGCGAAGGCCGCGUGGAGUAAGCGGAGCAAAGCCUUCAGCGAUUUACUGCGUUGUGAAAAGGGGCAAUUCGAGAAUCAGACGAAAAGUCUGUUGCAGAGCGGUCAUUCCAGCAAAUCACCUAGCGCUCAUGCGCCGCCCACAGUGCUCGUUGGGGUUAGUGCAGCUUCGUCGAGCAGUUCUUCUGCCGCCGCGUCCCCAUCCGAGAAGGAGCAGCACUUCGCCGCUGCGAAAGAGCUGAUCGCGGUGGAAAAGAAGUCCAAGGACGUACAGCGUCUGGAUUGGGCGUAUCUGAGGUGUUGCGAGAGUCUCCUCGCCAGCAACUGCAGUUUCGAGGCGGAGGAGCUCGCAGUCGAGUACGCUGAGUUCGUCUCUGACAAGGUGCGCGACGUGCGCCGAGCUGCGCGCAUCCUGGACCGCGUGCGGAAAGCGAGCAAGGGGUAUUCUGGCGUUGGAGCACAGCGGCUGCUGCUUGCCGAACAGAUCUCGGGGAGCGACUCCGUAGAGACCCUGCAUGAGCGGGAGCUGUUUCACUUAAUGACACAGCUUCAUUUAGCGGAGCCGGAGAACAAAGUGUCUACGUUGUUACACAGCUUUAUAAACGCCGUAAAGCUGUACGGCGAUGCGUUGCGCCGAUGCCUGGGUAAAGUCGACCAGAUGCGCUCACUGUAUCAGAACUAUCUAGACCAGCUGGAUAGCCUCACUACGCGCGCAGCGGCGGCAACAGAGGGGCUUGCCGAUCUCGCCGCUCCGCUGAAGCAGUGCCAGUACGAGCUUCGCGCACACUGGAUGCGCGUGGAGGCAUACAACUUCGCCAGCCUCGAGCGGGUCACGCAUGUGUGGCCGCCCAGCAUGCGCGUGGACGUGCAAGCGGCCGGUACCGCGUUCAAAGCUCUCCGAUUCUGCAGCGCGGCUAGCAGCUCGAACAUCCGUGACGUGGUGCUGUCAAAGAUGCUUACUCUUGUCAACAGCGUAGCGGACCGCCCGGAUCUGCUCGCCUUUGAGUACGUUGACCUCUUGCGCCACGACCCGGAAACCACGAAGGCCGAUCUGGAAGCUGCUUGCGCCAUGUUUCGCAAUCUCUGCCAGAAGCACAACGCGCAAGUGAAAGAGGGCGACGAAAUUUGGGACGAGAGUCCGGAUGAUCCCAUGUGCCCCUUCGGCGUCAACGCCGUGGGCCUAGAACUACAAAAGGCCGCCACACGACCACACGGGGAAAUAAAGGGCAGCUCCUCGUCUGAAAAUAACGCAUUGAGCACUGAAACCAGUGGUAUCACUAACACGACCGCUUCCUUGCAGAAGUUUGUGGAAGAGAAAUUCAAGAGCGUCACUGCAGCAAGCAAAAAAGACCACGGCGUGCUGCCGCUGCUGCACCUGGCUUGGGUCAAGGCAGAAGCCUACAGCUUGAACCAGACGAUGCUGAACCUGCAGCACCGCAUCCGGGACAUGUUCAAGCAGUGCCCGGCGGCGAACCGUGUCUUCGACUGGUGGUGGGCGGUGUUGCAGUGCGCCCGGCACUGUGUGCGGAACAAGGAGGAGGACCUGAGAAUCCUGACGGACCUGUACAAAAUGGCAAUCCAGCAAACCGGCAGCGAGCAGCUGGCAAAGGACUUGUUUAACGUGUUGUGCGAGGUCAGCCCCACCGUGGAGCAGGUGAUUCACGCACAGCAUCUGCUUGCGCAGACAAGCAAGAAGGCACAGCUCGCGGAGGAAAAACAGCAAGCGAAAAGCAACAAGCGGCAGCAGCAGGCGGAUAGUGACGUAGGUGUGCUGGACGGGACGAGUGGUGUGCGUCCGAAGAAGCGACCACGGCCAAAUGCCGACGGGGACGUAGAUAUGUUGGAAGAUGACGCGCAGGAGGAAAUGCGGCUGCCCCGAGGCGUGCGACCCGCAAAUACGGGAAGAAACCGGAAGAAACAGCCAAAGAAGCCGAAGAAGGAGGGCGGCGCGCACUACCUGCAGGUCACGCUCGGACCAGACGCGGCCGUGAAAUUCGACGAAGCCAAGAAGACGGUUUUUGUGCGCAAUAUCGAUGUGCACGUGGAUGAGCCAGAGCUAGAAAGAUUGGUAUGGAUUUUUGAUGUUUAUCGCUUGCUGAAUUUCAUCAAUUUCAAAGGCCAGCUGCACCGACCGAUCUUCGUACCCGAUUUUGUCAAAGGACACCGUAAAAAUAAAAAUCCCGAUGCUUAAGCUUAGACUUAGUCUGUUCCACAAUUUUGUGCAGGUUGCCGAGCACGCUGUCCCAGGGUUGCAGGAGGUUCGCGUGGUGCGGGACUUCCGGGGAAACCCCAAGGGGUGGGCAUACCUGGACUUUGACGAGGAAGAGAAUGUGCGGCUGUGCUGCGAGAAGCUGCACAACUUGGAACUGCACUCCCGAAAACUGUUCGCCAAACCCUCGAAACCGACACAGCAACUCUACGAACCCGGGGUCGUCUUCCUGACGAACGUGGCCCGAGGCUUCGACCUCCGCGCCUUUUUCCAGACCCAGCACGGCUUAGCCGUCAAGGACGUGCGCUUUUUGUCUUCAGCAGGAGGAGGUGCAGGCGGGAGCCAGAACCUCCACACAAACAGUACGCCGGCCGGAGGUACUAGCAGUAGUUCUACUUCUGCAACAGGGCUAGUGGAGCAUCAAACGUGCAACGCUUUCGUUGAGUUCGAGCAGGAGAGUUCCGUGGAGAAGGCCAUCCACCUAGAGUCCCUCCCGCCGGAGAUCCAGAAAAUUGAGCGGUCCAUCCCGAUGAAGAACCACGAACACAAAUACGCGAAGACGCGGAAGGAUGCACCGGGGGGUUUUAAUGACCAGCUGAAGUGGAAGCGGGACCUGGACGCGCUGAAGGCGAAAGCAAAAAACACGCUGUUCGUGAAAAACCUCAAUAAGAAAACCACCGAGGCCGGGAUAUCCUGUGUAAAAACGUACCCACACCAGAGUUGUAAUGCAAAUCUGCAUGCUGAAAAUGUUUCUCAUGCGGAACCCCAUGAGAAGCGUUUUCUAGUCGUGUUUUGCAAUUUGUCAUGCUCCAAUCAGCAUGGUAUGCUAGAUCUGUGAUGCUGCUGAGCUAGCUCAAACAGCACUACACUACGAAUCCAAAUUUGUCAUGCAAAACAGCCAAAACUUGUGGAUUUGUCUAGCCGAUUCCCCAUCUUGACUAUGGUGUGGGUACGUUUUUACUCAGGAUACGGGAUCCGGCAGCACUUUGCGUUGUACGGCGAAAUCACGCAGAUUGCCCUGAUGAAGAACGAGCACGGAAAAAACAAGGGCUUCGGCUUUCUGGAGCUGAAAACCGCUGAAGAGGCGGCGGCGGCGCUACAAUUGAAUAAUUCGGACCUCGACGGGCGGAAAAUCAACGUGGCAAUAUCGGACCGCCCGAUCACCAACAAAAAGGAGCAGGCGGAAACAACAAGCACUGCUCGAGUGGCACUGGUAGUCGACCGCAGUGAAGACGGACAGAUGUUGGGAAAGUCGGGAAAGAAUGACUUUGGACAAAAAAAAGGGCCGUUUGACAAGAACGCGAGCAAAGGGAAAGACGGCAAGAAAGGGGGCUUUGGGAAAGACGGAAAGAAAAAAGGCGGAAAAAACAGUGACUUCAAGGGCGCAAAGAAGGUCGGCGGCAAAGAAAACAAAGGUUCGGUUAAGUCCAAGGACAAAGGCGGCAUGAAAAAAGGCUUCUAUGCGGGCUCAGAACAACCCGAAACCGCAACCGGAGCAGCUCCGAUGGAGGGCGUGGAGGAAGGAAGUGGCGUUGCGUCCGCUCCAAUGUCCAACGCUGAUUUUCGAAAAUUCCUGAUGGAUUAGUAGUAAGACUUCCCUAGCGUGUGUGAUAUUUCGCAAAGAUUGUUGUUUCUAAAGCAGAAACCACACAACUAUGAUCUAUCAAUGGCGCACGCAGAACGGUUCAGUGUUUUUUUCUUGAGAUUAUCGCAAGGUCGAAGGUACGAGAUGAAGAUGGCGAUGCCAAUGCCCACAUCAACCCCACUUUUUUUUCAGCGCGUGGUGUUCUCCGUCGCAUGUUUGUUCCUCGUGCUCAAACACUAAAAA